CUUUCCGCGCGCAUGUCGGAAGCUGUCGAGGAGGUCCAAAAAAAGAAAAAAAAGAAGCGAGCCGGCAACCCGGCAAGUGGAAGAUCGUCAACUCGUGGAGACUUUGUGAAGUGGCACCGAUGGCUCUGCGGCUGCUCAAAGUCCCCACCAUCGCCACAGUAUUGCUCGCAUCUUCGGGAAUGUACUUCUACAAUAGACCGCUGGAUUUCAAUGACUUGAGUUUGAUCCGCUUUGGACGAGCUGCUGCCACUACUGCUGUCAUCAGCUACGACUAUCUGACUGCUUUCAAAUAUGUGCAGUAUGGCACAGAGGAAUAUUGGGCCCUUAAGUCCAAGGUACAUCGCCGUUCAGCGGAGCGUCUUCGAGAUCUGUGCUGCGCAAAUCGUGGUACCUUUAUCAAGGUUGGGCAGCACCUGGGCGCUCUGGAUUAUCUUCUUCCCGAAGAGUAUACGUCCACCCUGAAGAUCCUCCACAGUCGAGCUCCUCAGAGCAGCAUGGAGGAGAUCGAGCGGGUCAUCAGAGAGGACCUUGGCAAAGAGCUGUCAGAGUUGUUUGUUUCCUUCGAUGAGAGGCCUCAGGGAGCCGCCUCUUUAGCCCAAGUCCAUAAAGCAGUGCUGCACGAUGGCAGGACGGUGGCUGUUAAGGUGCAACACCCCAAAGUCCAAAGACAAAGCUCCAAAGACAUAUUUGUGAUGGAGGUGUUGCUAAGAGGCGUCCAUUGGCUUUUCCCUGACUUUGCCUUUAUGUGGUUGGUGGAAGAGGCCAAGAAAAACAUGCCACUGGAGCUGGACUUUCUGAACGAAGGACGCAAUUCAGAAAUGGUGGCAAACAAGCUGGCCCACUUAACCUUUCUCAAGGUUCCCAUCAUCCACUGGGACUUGUCCACUAAGAGGGUUCUGACCAUGGAGUUUGCCGAGGGCGGGCAGGUCAACGAUAGGGAGUACAUGAAAGCGCACGGCAUCAAUGUCAAUCAGAUUUCCGAAAAUCUGGGCAAGAUGUACAGCGAAAUGAUCUUCAUCCAUGGCUUUGUUCACUGUGACCCCCACCCUGGCAACGUGUUGGUGCAAAAGUGUCCAAAAAGCAAGAAGACGGAGAUCAUCCUACUCGAUCAUGGCCUUUAUCAGGUCCUCCAACCAAAGUUCCGGAUCAACUACUGUCGGCUUUGGCAGGCUCUCAUUCAUCGGGACAUGGCCGGGGUGGAGCGUUACAGUCGCAAACUGGGAGCCGGAGACCUCUACCCGCUCUUUGCUUGCGUACUCACCGCUCGUUCCUGGGGGGCCGUCAAUUCGGGUAUCGCCUGUGUGGCCGUCACGCUCUCAGAGGAUGUGGAAAUCCGGACCAACGCAGCUCUUUACCUACCCCAAAUCAACGAUCUGCUGAAUCGGGUUCCUCGGCAGAUGUUGCUCUUAUUGAAGACCAAUGACCUUCUGAGAGGAAUCGAAAGCACUCUGCAGACCAGAGCGUCGUCGUCCUCCUUCAUCAACAUGUCACGCUGCUGUAUACGUGCUUUGGCUAGACAAGCAUUUGGAGAUUUGACGUGUUUCUACGUUCUUUUCUGCUUUGACGGACAGACACAAAAGGAGCCAGAGUCGGUCCGGCAGAAGACGUUUGCAAAUCACGCUGACCGAGUCCUUCCACCUCUGGAGACUUAGUAUGUACGAGUUGUUUUUAUGGUUGAAGGGCUCUGUGUUGGGACUCCUCGGCCUUUCUACUCUUCUGGCAUUUCUACACUGACGCGUGCGUGCGUGCGAGCGAGCGAGCGAGCGAGCGUGAAGCUGACCGACCGACCAACCGACCGACCGACCGACCGCUGUCUCCUCACCAGUUCUGCCCAUCCAAUUCAGAGACUUGUAUCUUCCUGCACUUAUCAGAAGACGUUUUGUCAUGUCUUGUCCUCUUGCUGAAUUGCUGUAUGAUAAUACUAGUACUAAUACGAGACUUUAUUCAUCUAGCCAGCAACCAAAAGUGUGUCAUAUUUUUAGAGCAUGUAUCAUUGUGCAUAAUGGGAUCAAAUGUUUCUACAUCCAUACUAGAAUAUUGUCAUCCCACCCCCCCCGUCCUCAAUGAUACUCUCGUUGGAGUUUUUCGUCUCUGUACGCCGGUCGACUGCCGAAAUGUUACGUAGUUAGCGGCUCAUUUUCUAUAGCUGGCGCCUAUUUUCCAUGAACCUUUUCACUUCAAUGGUUUACAUCUUUUCUUGGUAAGCGCUUACUGUAAAUGCAGACGUAUGUGGCUCAAAGCAGUCAUUGGACCAUUGUUGCCAAACGUACCUCACAAUGCGAGACUUGUUAUUUAUCGAUAUGCUGUCAAGUCACACCUGUCAUAUCUACAAAUCAGUCACUCCUUGCACAUUGUUCCUUUGAAGUUUCGAAUCAGAAGCCAUUUCUAAAGUGUACCUGCUGUGUGCUGCUGUGCCAUUUGACUCACUCUUUGUCAACUGCUCGAGGCUUUGAUUGCAUGCUGGACGGAGGACCUCAGUCGUUGAAUGAGAAUGUCACAACCAAACUGUGCGCUUUCGUUUAUUUGGUAAACAAAGAUGGUACUAGAAAUACAACAUACUGAUUUGAAAUAAGAGAUGAACUAUGUAACAGCUGUUCUGGUCAAUAUUUGACACCUUUAUUAUCCUAAUAAAUACUCACAAACCAA